UUAAGAAUGGAGGGAGUCAAAAUUUGCAAGAAUUGAGAACGUUUUGAUAGUUUUUUACAAAGUAUGAGGUUUUCGAUUUACCAGAAAACUACCCCUCCGUUUUGUUUAGUUGGGUUUCUUUUUAAAAAUAUUUGUUUUAAUUUAGCUGGUCCUUUUAUGAAAUCAAGAAAAUUUUAUUAUGUUCUUCCAAUAUUACCCUGUUCCUUUUAUGAAGUCAAAAAAAUAUAUAUAUAUAUUAUGUUCUUCCAAUGUUACCCCUUCAUUAAAUCAUUCAGCAGGGUGUAUAUACUCAAAUUUAUAUUUUCAAACCCUUAAUAAAUAUUUUCUUAAGGAGAAUGUUAAGUCAACAACGACAAACUAUUUUGAAACGGAGAACAUUUACAAUUUUUAAAAUCGAAAUUAUCCAAACAAAAUUUCAACUAUCAAACAGGCUCAUAGAGUCAAAGAAGAAACUUUUUACACAACGCGUAAAUAGAUAUUCAUUGCCCCAAAUAAGAGUUUGAAAACAUCUCAAAUAGGCCAAAUCUUGGAUUUUAAUCGAUAUUAAAGUGGUUAAGCAACAUAUAAGUAAAGCUUAUUUGUAUACCUGUCUAUCAUUAGUAAGAAAUUCUGUAAAAACAUCAUUAAACAAUCCAAAUUAAAAGGAAGUCAAAACAGAAUGUAGAAUGUUCAUCUAAUUACAGCCUAAGGUCACAAAAUUAUAAGCUAAUCUCUAUGAUCCACUUGGUUUCCAUUGUCCAUAGUGGAAAUUACAAGGUGGCUAAUAACCAUUACUGCCUAACUUCACUAUCUCUCUAUAAAUACACAACUAUAUUGAGCUUUCCAAAUUCAAAUUAAGUCUUAUUUUCUGAUCAUUAUUAAUUAAUCACCUCUUUUUUCAGAAAUGAUUUGUCAAAUUGAAAAAUGUUCCAUUCUUGCACUUUGUUUCCUAAUUCUCCUGCCAAUUCUUUGUUCCUGUGAUGGAAUUGGUGUUGACACAUCCGUAACUGCUAAGGCAUCUUUCUAUGGAAGCAUUGGCCACUUAGUCAAACCAAGUGGAGCUUGUGGCUAUGGAGAAUAUGGAAGAACAGUCAACAGUGGCGCGUUUUGCGGUGUCUCUAAGCUAUACAGCAAUGGCACUUCUUGUGGUGCAUGCUAUCAUGUGAAAUGCAAGCACCCAGAGUACUGCAAUGAAGAGGGGACGGACGUGGUGGUAACAGACUCAGGUGAAGAGAAUGCAGAGUUCAUUCUCAGCUUUAGUGCCUACGCGAAAUUAGCUAAGCCUUUAAUGGUUGCAAAGCUAGUCGCGGAGGGUGAGGUUGAUAUAGAGUAUCAAAGAGUACCUUGCAAGUAUGCAACUGGUGCACAUCUCAUGGUUAAAGUUCAUGAGAGCAGCAAGUUCCCUAACUACUUAGCUAUAGUACUCUUAAACAAAGGUGGACUAAGCGAUAUCACGGCUAUUGAAGUUUGGGAGGAGUCUCACAAGCAAUGGAAGUCAAUGGUGAGGAUAUUUGGUGCAGUAUGGGCUGUUUCAGAUCCACCAAAGGGAGCAUUGAAGUGCAGGUUUCAAGUGAGGGGCAGUGCAGGAGUGGUGUGGGUGCAGCCCAAAAAAUUAAUUCCUAGUGAUUGGAAGGCUGGAAUUCUCAUUGACACCUUCAUUCAACUUACUUAAAAUCACUCACCACCAAACUUACUACUACUGCUUUAUGCACUACUUGUACUAUUGAAAACACAUACAUCUUCAGUACUCUGUGUAGCUUGAAUCAAUAAAUUUGAUGCUGGUACUCAAGUUUGAUA